CAGAAGGUUUUUGUUUCCAGUCAUCCAAGAGAAGUCUCUAGACUCACAAGCCAUCAUGAGAGCAAUGGGAGCUCGCUUAAUAAUCUUCAUGUUCUGCUGGUCUGCCUCUCUAGCAAUGUAUUUCCAUAUAGCAGAAAAAGAGGAAGCAUGCCUAAUCGAAGACAUUCCUUCAGACAUUUUGGUUACAGGUAAGAUCACACCAUGUGUAUGUACAGUUUCCAGUGUGCCAUUUUAACCCUAAAAGGGAGAAGGUUAUGGAAGCAGCAUGGCAAGUUUACUGUAUAUUAAUAAACAGAGACAAUUGUGAAGGUGAUAAAUGUGUGCAGGAGAAUCCUAACAAGGGUUUCGAUGUCCACUGUGUAUUUCUGGACACAUAGCACUAUUUUAAGCUGAUGAGUAGGACAUGUAAAAAGCUUCCCCACAAUAUGUAGAGAAAAAUAUAAUAAUCAAAGUAGUAACUUGGGAGCAUCCUUUUGAUUAGAUAGAUUCAUCCUUGGAUAAUAUUCAUUCCACAUACUGCAGCAAAGCAUUUUUCAUGUCCUUAAAUAAAUGAUUAUUGUUUACCCUACAUAACUCAUUUUUGAAUUGCCAGUACAAGUAAAGGGGGUCAGCAGUGUACAGAAAGGUUUAUUUUAGGUCACAUUACUCCAGGGGUUCCCCCAAUAAAAUCCCUUGAUGUUUGAAAACUACAACUUCCAUGAGGCUUUGUCGUUCUAAAGACAUGCAAAGCAUCAUGGUAGCUGUAGAUAUGAAACCUCUGGGGAUCUACCAUUUGGGCACCCCUGCAUUACUCUAUAAAGGCAAAUUCUAAUGGAACGUAAGUAUCUAGCAGUAGCUAAAAAUUAGGAAAAUGUAGCUGAAAAACUCAAAGUAGUUCUCUGUUAAACCAUCAGGCGCUCAAGGAUGAUUUUCCUCCAGGCCAAUGUACAUGCUCAACAAGCCCUGCCGUGACCGAAGUAUGAUUACAGUACUGGAUCUGAAGCAGAGUCCAACAGUGAAGAUCACAAGAGCAUAAUCAUAUACAACAAGCAUGUCAAACUCACGGCCCACAAUGAAUAUCUUUGCGGCCCAGCGAGCCGUGAGUUUGACAUGCUUACUAAGGCAGAGUAGGCACCUGCUCUCCCCACAUUGCAGGUGUCUAAUCUGCUAAAAUUUACCCGGCCAGGGAGAAGAGGUCACUGCUCACUUUGCACAUGCCCUCUGUGGUGAUACCAGGUGCCGAAAUAUGACGUCAUUCCAGCACCCGACAUCACUAAACUGAGGGAGCAGUGAGGAGCAGGAAGACUGAGCUCCUGAGAGAAGAUCCCCACACCAGCUCCCAACGGUAGGGAGCAAUAAAUACAAUUAUGUAAAGGUGUGCAAGAAUGUGUUAGCGUGUGUGUGUCUGUCAGUGUCUGUGUGCCUAUUAGUGUCUUUGUGCCUGUCAGAGUGAGUGUUUGUGUGUCUGUCAGUGAGUGUGUCAGUCAGUGAGUGUCUGUCAAAGAGUGAGUGUGUGUGUCUGUCAGUGAGUGUGUCUGUCAAUGAGUGUGUCUGUCAGUCAGUGAUUGAGUCUCUGUCAGUGAGUGUGCUUGUCAGUGUCUGUCAGAGUGUGUCUGUCAGAGAGUGAGUGUUGGUCAGUGUUGCGAUGGCCAUGGCUGGACAGCGGAGAUGCAUAGAGGCACGCAACGCCACGUCACAUUCCGACAUGAUGUCAACGUGCUCCACCUUCACAGGGUUUCACAUGGUGCGGACGUCGCCAUUGCUUGAUAUACAACAUUUCGGCAUCAAGCCUUAAAGGGACACUAUAGUCACCAGAACAACAGCUUAUUGAAUUUGCUCUGCUGAGUAGAAUCAUUACCUUCAGGCUUUUUGCUGUAAACACUGUCUUUUCAGGGAAAAUGCAGUGUUUACAUUACAGCCUAGUGAAACUUCACUAGCCACUCCUCAGAUGGCUGUUAGAGAUCCUUCCUGGGUCAUGGCUGCCUAAAAUGCAUCCAAACAUUCAGUGUCUCCUCCCUCUGCAUGCAGACACUGAACUUUCCUCAUAGAGAUUCAUUGAUUCAAUUCAUCUCUAUGAGGAGAUGCUGAUUGGCCAGGGCUGUGUUUGAAUCAUGCUGGCUCUGCCCCUGAUCUACCUCUUUGUCAGUCUCAGCCAAUCCUAUGGGGAAGCACUGUGAUUGGAUCAGGCCACCACUUCUGAUGAUGUCAGCAGACUGCUUGUUUUUUUUUUUUUUGAGGCAAACAGCAUGCAGAGUUACAUCUUCAGGCUUGAAUACAGUAAGAUUUUGCUAUAUUUAUGGAGGCAUGAGGGGCCCAGCGGGCUAGAUGGUGGUGUUAACACUAUAGGGUCAGGAAUACAUGUUUGUGUUCCUGACCCUAUAGUGAUCCUUUAAUCGUGUAUGCUUGACUCCAAAGCAUUGUAUAUGAUUUCGUUCUCCAGAUCUUAGAACUCCUUAUCAUGUGUUUUAUUUCUUUAAACCUCUGUUCAGCAAUGUUUUAUGGGAUUUGUAGCUUAGCCCUCAGCCACAAUUACAAACAAUGAAUGGAACUGUGAGGAAAGUUACAACUGCCCCUUUGAAACUAUCUCAUUUUGCUUUUAAAGCAAUGCAACACUUGCAUUUUGUAUUCUGUGUACUAGUAACAUCUUUAUUUGUAUCAAGGACGUUAUAAGUUACAAAAGUGGGAUAUGCACAAACAUGAUUUCCUCCCAUCUGCACCUGGACUAGGAAUGUAUGUAAAUGUAAAAGCUCCGAAUGAUGAGGUAAGCAGGCUUUUAUUCUCUUUUCACUUAAAAUACAGCAAAGUAUUCAAAAUAAUAUAAUAAAUAAUACAGUAAACUAGUAUCCAAUAGCCACUCAAGCAAUAAUGUAACCAUUUAUGGACCAAUAUUCUAUACGUAAGUGUAAUGUCCAACACAUUUAACACCCGCAAGGCUGUAUAUCUCUCCAAAUGCAAAAUAAGCAGGGUAUUUCAUAUUAGCACAGGAUAUUUAGAGACCAUAUUGGGUUACUAAGGGGUUUUGUGACCAUUUGUAUUUAUGUAAAGUGCUAUACGUGAUUAACUCGAUUUUCUUUUUGUCUACAGACAUUGUUAUCAAAAUUGUACGGGCCUGAUGGAAAAUUUAUGUUUACCUCACACUCCCCUGGAGAGCACACUAUCUGUAUCCAGUCAAAUUCUACAAAUCUUAUAUCUUUUGGUUCAAAUAAGCUGGUAGGUUAAUCACAUGUUGCACCAGCAAAUACACUUAUUGAAUUGCAUAUAAGCUGGCAAUUUGUGGUGCUAUAGGCUCUGCCAGCAUUAUGGGUGUUAGAGCAUUAUGAGGAAGUAGUCCACAUCUGUAGGUUGCCUACCCCUGAUAUAGCGCAUUUACUCCUCCCCAUCUCUGAAUGUAGGAGUGGUGUUAUCCAUUAGGAAUUUACUAUCAGGAAGGAGAGGAUGAGCUGACAUUUUUAGCACACUUGCAGGGUGCGGCAAGUGGCUUCAGGUAGAUACAUUUGUUCCUCUACAGCAAGCAUGUCAAACUCGCAUCCCACAUGCGGCCCACAAUGAAUAUUUUUGCAGCCCAGCAAGCCGCAAGUUUUCCAUGCUUACUAAAGCAGAGUAGGCACCUGUUCUCCCCACAUUGCAGAUGCCUACUCUGCCAAAAUUACCCGGCCGGAGAGGAGUGGUCCCUGACGGCAGCGAGGGAGCUCAGUCUUUCUGCUCUUCACUGCUCCCUCGCAUGCACCCUCUGUUGUGAUGCCGGGAUAUGACGUCAUUCUGGCACCCGGCAUCCCUAAACUGGGAGCAGGAAGACUGAGCUCCCGAGAGAAGAUCAGAGAAAGGCCCCACUCUAGCUUCCAAAGGUAGGGAGCAAUAAAUAAAAUGAUGCGAGUGUGUGCAAGAAUGUGUAAAUGUGUGUGUCUGUCAACGUGUGUGUCUUUCAGAGAGUGUGUGUCUGUCUGUCAGAGAAUGAGUGUGUGUCUGUCUGUCAGUGUGUGUUGGUCAGUGUUGCAAUGGCCGCGGCUGGACAGUGGAGGACCUGGAGGUGCACGGAGACACGCAACACCAUGUCACAUUCUGACUUAACGUCAAUGUGCUCCACUGUCACAGGUUUUCAAGGAGUAGCAGGAGGAUCCAUUUAGCACAGGAUGCAGACGGCUCCAUUGGGGGUAUACCAGAGGCUGGACUCUGGAGUAGCAUACUGGUAGCGGCAAUGUGAGUGGAGCCUGCUUGUUGGCUAAUAUUUUUUGUUUAGUAGAGGGGGGGGGUGCUGGGAUUUAGUAUAGAGGGGGGGACUGGGGUUUAGUAGAGGGGGGUGUUUUUUUUUAUACUGUACUUUUAAAAACAAACCCAUGUUUCUAUGAAAAUUUAAGGUUGUUUUUUGCGGCCCACAUAUACUUAAACCUUGUUUAUGUGGCCCGUGCUAGCCUUUGAGUUUGACAUGCUUGCUCUAUAGACUAGUAAUUAUUCAUGGAGUAUAAAUGUGGGUGAAUGAGACUUUCUGGGUUACAUUUUGUUUUUCAAAGUAUGUGAACAUAAAUAUGUUUAUACUCAAUUCUGGAACUGAAGGGGUUAAGAAAUAUAGAUUUACAAAUAGCAUGUCCAUGUGCUUCAAGGCAGGUGUAGUGCUGUAAACUCAUGUAGUCUCUGAGCAGAUUGGUACAAGUAGAGCAACUUACACUAUUUUGAAUGACAGACAUUCUAUCUUCAUUUAGCACAAACAUCACAUGGUAGCAACAGCACACCUUCUAUUGCAGCCUUCCACUAUUAAAUUAAAUAAUGUAGCAUUUAUAAUAGCUUACUUGUCAAAAUUCGUGGUACAGACAUAAAAUGUUUAGACCUAAUUUCAUGGAAAAAUAUUCAAACACACAUCCAUUUAGAGGAAGACAAUUUCACACUCCAUUUUCCCAGGAGCUGUUAUCCUGACUAUGCUAAAGUGAAUGCAAUCAAGCUUCAGAAAUAUAAAACUGAACUAACAUUGCAGAGACGUGCUGAAAAAGCACUACUGGCUUGCAUUAUUCUACUGCUGUGAUGGAGAGGCCAGUAAAGACUGUAUAGUAAGCACAUGCAAUAAAUAGAUUUACUUCAGAAUUAAACAGUUCACAUUGUCUGGAGUUGUUGUCUAUGUAUUUAAAGGGACACUAUAGGCACACAGACCACUUAAUCUCAUUGAAGUGGUCUGGAUGCAGAGUCCCUGUCCCCCUUAGUCCUGCAAUGUAAAUCAUUGCAGUUUUAUAGAAACUGCCAUGUUUACAUUGCAGUACUAAGACAGACACUAGAGUGGCUUCCAGGAUUUUACUGAAAUUUAGUUUGCCUAACUGACACUGCAUCAGGACGUCCAUCGUCUGUUAAAAUCUUCAGAGAAAAGCAUUGGGAGGGCCCAAUGCGCUCACCAUGCAUUAGACCUCUUUCAGAUGAUGUUGGAGGAGGCGGAGGGACACAGUAAGAGUAACAAGGGGUUUUUUUUUUUUUUGGAAGGGGAGGGGGGCAGAGGGAACUAUCGUGCUAAUACAGAUUUGCAUUCCUAGCACUAUAGUACUCCUUUAAUGCAAAUAUUGACAGGAGAAAUUUUCUGGUAAAGUCAGCAUAGGUUCACAUUCUAGGUGUUUUUCUAACACCCAAGAAUAUUAUCGAUUCACCCUGGUCGAACCACAAUUUGAGCAUUUAUUUUUGCCACAUACCAUUCCUAGUGGAGAAUUGACAAGAGACAAAUAUGAGGACAAAACAAAGAAACUGAAAAGUAUAUAUAAAAAAAUUCAAAUCACUACAAUUCGUGGUUUCUUGAGUAAAAAUAUAAGUUUUGCUCAUAUAUUUGUGCUUGGAUAUCAUCAUAUAAUCAAAAAUAAUAAAUAUUUAUUUCACUGAAAGGCAAGUGCAGAUGUUUUUUAUUUUGCAUUUGAAAGACCUUCAGCCUUGAAGAAUUUUGAAUAAGCUUUUCAAACUAUUUCAUAUUUUUGGACAAACUGUUACACUGAUUUAAUAUUAUAAAAACUAUUGACAUUUUUUGAUCUGUUGAUAGAUUUUUUUUAGCUAUAUUAUCUUUUUUGAAAUUGUAAUAUUUUGAAAAUAUUUUAAAACGGUCUUCAAAAGGAUUAAAUUAAUUGAAAAGGUUAUCAAACAAUAUUAAAGCAAGGCCUUUUAUACACACACAUUACAAUGUAACACAAGGUCCUCCUAUUCUUGUAAAUGUAAAUGUUGUAUUAGCUAUGUGCUGCAGGAAAAUAUGACAAUAGACACCUCUGACAAUUACCUACUCUAAAAAAAUAAACAAUGAUACCACGAUCCUCGAGUUCUGAGCAAAAAUCUAUAACACAUGCCAUUUAAUAGAAACAUGUGACAUUGACAAGAUCUUUGUCAAGCAAAGGUCAAAAUGUUGCUGUAAGGUCACAGGUUUGCACACAUCUGGGGAAUUGCAGGACCAUUUCUUUCACAUCUGGAGUUGCAGCCAGAUUGGCACAACGCAGGUUUCUGUCCCCCUUGCUAUGAUGGAUAGUGAGUACCUUAUAUUUUAUUAUGGGUGAAAUACGAAUUUGCAAAAACAAAUAAUUCAGCUUAAAGGGACACUCCAGGCUUCAAUACAACUUUAAUGCAUUUGAUAGGUUUUGUAAUAUGCUGUAAUUGUUAUAGUUUUUGCAUUAAAUAAUUUAAAAAAAAAAUUUAAAUACUGUUUUGCAGAAUGCUGCUCUAUAAGCCUGCCUCUUUAGCCACACCUCUCACAUCAGAAAAAUACUUCCUUAUAAAAAGUAUGCACACAGAUCAGCCACUGGCAGCACUAAGUUGUCUGAACUACAAAACAACUUGCAUUAGCAGGACAGGAUGCCUAGGGGGACAUAAAUUAAACCAUGAAUUAUAAGAAUCUCACUCAGUGCUGUUGAGACUCUGUGCAUACCUUUGAUAAGGCAUGCAAGGGUAUAGGAUGGUGCAGAAUUCUGCAAAACAUUUUUUAUUUUUUAUGAGCAAAAACUAUAAGAUGUUGAGCAUGCAAAAAAAAAAUAAAAAAUACAGCACCAAAAUCUAUCAAAUGCAUUAAAGUUGUAUUGGUGCCCGAAGUGUCCCUUUAACUUGCACAUGAUGUGACAGAAAUAACAAACACUGAUAAAUCAAUAGUUCACAAUGUAUGAGUACAUUUCUAAAUCUUCAUACAAUUACCAUUUACAUUAAAUUAUACACUAUUUGAUGAUAAAACUACAAGGCUUAUAAAUGUACAAGAAUUGUGGAGAACUUAUUACUUAUGUUAGGGCAAAAUAGCUUUACUAGAAAACAAAAUUUUCCAACUAGACAGCUUUAGUGAAAAAUGUGUAAUCACUAGUCAGUUCUUCACGAAACCUAGUUUAUUGAAUACACCCAACCAGUCUUUACUAUGUGACAAAAUAAAAUUAGACUUUGUGAAUAUGACAAUUGUUAGUUUGAGAUGUAUGUACUAAGUAACCAAGAUUGAUUAUAGCUUUCUUUUCUUUUCAGCGUGUCCACUUUGACAUACAAGUAGGAGAGCAUCCUGUAGAUUAUGCAACCAUUGAUACCAAGGAUAAAGUAAAGCAAGUUACAAACGGUCUUGAGCAUCUCAUGGGGGAAGUCAAUCAUAUAAUUAAAGAACAAGAAUAUCAAAGAGUAAGUUUUCUCUAUACUGGUUAGGACAACUUAAAGGAACUGUAUGGGCACCAUAACAACUUCCUCGAAAUGAAGUUCUUACGGUGCCGAGAGGUCUCGGUUUCUUACCCGAAUCUUACAGGUAAGAUUCUUACGAUCAAAUAGCAGAAAUGGAAUAAAAGUGUGUUCAAGAAAGCACGGCUGCCAUAACAAGUGAAAAACAGGCAUUACACAUAUCCAGCUACUAAACAGGAUCAGGUCACUGACUAUUUAUUUAUACAUCACAAGGGCAGGAGUUGUGACAUGUCUAGCACAAACAAACAAAUCGGGCAAUGGCUAGAAACAAUUGUGCACACAAUAACUAUAAAACAAAAAGAAUGGAGCACGUUGUAAAAACUCAAAGUGGCACUGUCGCCUCCCCCCCCCCCCUUCACCUGAAAAAUUAGUAUUUCAUAAAGAUAGAAUCAUUAUGAAAUACUCAUUGGAACUGUGCUGGAAUUCCAAUGCAGUCAAGAGAUAUACUGAGACUACUUUGUAUCUGUAUAUUUCUUCGAAGCUACCACCAUCUAGAAGUGUCACUCACCUCAGCCGUGACCAUCAGUUAAGAAUUGGCCCUGUCUAUGGAGGAUCCAGCGGUCUCCUCCAUAGCCCGCAGUGACGUAGGCUCCUGGCACUUAAGUGGGACAGAUUUGGGUAAGUAGAACUCACCUUAAAGGACCACUAUAGUGCCAGGAAAACAUACUCGUUUUCCUGGCACUAUAGUGCCCUGAGGGUGCCCUCACCCUCAGGGACCCCCUCCCACCCGGCUCUGGAAAGGGGUUUAAACUUACCUUUUUCCAGCGCUGGGCGGAGAGCUCUCCUCCUUCUCUCCUCCUCCGUUCCGCCUCGUCGGCUGAAUGCGCACGCGCGGCAAGAGCUGCGCGCGCAUUCAGCCGGUCGCAUAGGAAAGCAUUUACAAUGCUUUCCUAUGGACGCUGGAGUGCUCUCACUGUGAAAAUCACAGUGAGAAGCACGCAAGCGCCUCUAGCGGCUGUCAAUGAGACAGCCGCUAGAGGCUUUGGGGGAAGGCUUAACCCAUUAAUAAACAUAGCAGUUUCUCUGAAACUGCUAUGUUUAUUAAAAAAUGGGUUAACCCUGGCUGGACCUGGCACCCAGACCACUUCAUUAAGCUGAAGUGGUCUGGGUGCCUAGAGUGGUCCUUUAACCUGCCCCCCAGCCACCAGCGAUGAUGUCAACAUUAGGGGUCUUUGCAAAUUCUGCAAAGUCCCCAGAUGCUGACAGUGCCGCUUUAAUGUCCGAGCUUAAAGGAUCACUAUAGGGUCAGGAACACAAACAUGUAUUCCUGACCCUAUAGUUUUAAAUCCACUCCCCUGGACCCCUCAUUCCUCCAUAAAUAUAGUAAAAAUCUUACUUGUAUUCAAGCCUGAAGCUGCUGGCUCUGCCCUGUCUGCCUCAGAAAAACAAGCUGUCUGCUGACAUCAUACGAAGUGGUAGCCUAAUCCAAUCACAAUGCUUCCCCAUAGGAUUGGCUUAGACUGACAAAGAGGCAGAUCAGGGGCACAGCCAGCAUGAUUCAAACACAGCCCUGGCCAAUCAGCAUCUCCUCAUAGAGAUGAAUUGAAUCAAUGUAUCUCUAUGAGGAAAGUUCAGUGUCUGCUUGCAGAGGGAGGAGACACUGAAUGUUUGGAUGCAUUUUAGGCAGCCAUGACCCAGGAAGGAUCUCUAACAGCCAUCUAAGGAGUGGCCAGUGAAGUUAUCACUAGGCUGUAAUGUAAACACUGAAUUUUCUCUGAAAAGACAGUAAUUACAGCAAAAAGCCUGAAGGUAAUGAUUCUACUCACCAGAACAAAUUCAAUAAGCUGUAGUUGUUCUGGUGACUAUAGUGUCCCUUUAAGAUGAAGGAAAAUUUGGCAAAGGAUGUAGCUUAAAAAAAAUACAAAAAAGAAAAGCCUUCUUCCUGGUUGCUUAGUCUGGCUGGGAAGAACUGUGAGUAGCCAUAAGAGAAAUAAACUAUGCAUGACAAAACAAAAUUGGAAAGACAAAGUACAUGCAAAUAUGCAAAAAUGAUAGAUACCUGUAUUAAAUCCCCUAAAACUGUCAGCAAUAAAAUUGUAACAGCUCUUGCUAAGUGGCUCUUGGAAUUUGCCCAGUCUCCAGUGGGCUUUACAAAAUUAAACAAACAUUUGCGAUCAGGAAUGAAUGCUCCAUAAUAACACUGGACCAACAAUGAAUCUAUGAAACAGACAAAGAUCCACACAUAUGAAUAUUCUUUUUUUUUUUUUUUACAAACAGUUAUAAAAAACAAUAUACUAUUAUAUUACAAAUGUUAAAUUUUAUAAAGAUUAAAGAAAUUAUACAAGUGCAUUGACUUGAUACAUGCAGAAAAUGUUUCCUUGCUUGGAACACAAUAUUUAUGAUUAACAUAUGGUAAUAAAGAUAUAUUACAGCCCUGUGCGUAUGGUAAUUCACACAUACAAUAAUAAUGCCUUGAUCUCCAAGACAAAAUAUUGCAAUUAAUAGAGUUGUAUUUUUAUUAUCACACAGCUACGAGAGGAACACUACAGGCAAAAGAGUGAAGACACUAACAGCAAUGUGUUGUGGUGGGCGAUUGCACAGACUGUGAUCCUAACUUCUGUUGGAAUCUGGCAAAUCAAACGCUUUAAAGAUUUCCUCAUUGCAAAAAAAGUUGUUUAAACCGCAAUGGGAAAUAAAAAUGUUUUUGAUAAAUGUGUAUAUUUAAAGAACAGAAACAAACAUUUUCACAUGUGACACUUGCAACUCGCCCAUCCAGUAUUUUCAUUUCCUACCUAAAAAAAAUAAAUCUUAUGUGUGAAUUAUA